AUGCGUCUUCAGCGGAACAUUCUACUCGCUUUUGAAGCGUGCUUUGUCGCGGCAGCUGUGGCGCAAAGCUCAGCAUCAUGCUCGACUACACUCACCGCGCGCUACCCUGCACCCUCGAUAGCGGACGGUUACCAGGCAAGGUUGGUAGCUACCAAUCUGGAUACACCCCGCGGCAUAAAAGUCGAUAGUAAUGGCAACCUGCUCGUUGUAACGCGGGAUGUCGGGAUCGUUGCACUCAGCCUGACGGACGAGGAGGGAGGUUGCGUAACUUCGACAAACGUUCAGACAGUAGUCGAAAACAAUCGGCUCAAUCAUGGCAUCGAGCUGUCCCAGGAUGGAACAACCCUAUACGCCUCUACCCCAAAUGAGGUCUACGCCUGGACUUACGACCCGAACACCAGGCGUACCUCUGGGGAACCCACCACUCUUAUCACCGGUAUGGAUAACGCGGGUCACACAACACGAACAUUGCUCCUCUCGCGUCACGUGCCAGAUCUGCUUCUGGUGAGCAGAGGCAGCAACGCAAACCUCGACGACCUAGCACUGGAUGUAACGUCCGGUCAUUGCCAGCUUAAAGCUUUCAACAUCAGCAAUGUCACGUCUGAGCCUUACGACUUCACUGCUGAUGGUCGACUACUCGGAUGGGGCCUACGCAACUCGGUAGGCGUGGGCGAAGAGCCAGUGACAGGCGGUAUCUACACCGUGGAAAACUCUGUGGAUCAGCUUCGAAGAGAGGGACGAGACAUCCAUCAAGACAAUCCCGGCGAGGAAUUAAACUUCCACGGAUACCUCAACGGAACGAGCUCUGCACAACAAGGCGGCAAUUACGGAUAUCCAUCCUGCUUUGCAGCGUGGGCCGUUGAUGAAAUUCCACAAAACGACCAGUUGACAGUCGGCAGCCAGUUUGCUAUUGGCGAUCAGAACACUAAUACCAAUGACGCCGUUUGCGCCGAGAGGAUAGCUCCAAGACUAACUUUUCCGGCUCACAUGGCGCCAUUGGAUAUCCUGUUCAAUGAGGAUGGCACGGCGGCAUGGGUGUCUUUUCACGGGAGCUGGAAUCGCGAUGACCCGAUCGGCUACAAACUCUCAGUCAUUCCCUUCGCCAACGGCGAACCGGUCGAGCCAUCCAACAGCAGCCAGCCUACUGUUGACAUUAUGCAGAACCCGGACGUUGGUGAGUGUCCAGACAACUGCUUCCGACCAGUAGGCCUCGCAUGGGAUACUCAGGGCAGACUGUUCAUGACGAGCGACGACACGGGAGAGAUUUACGUGAUUACAAGGACAGAUGGUGGCAACACGAGUAGUGCUACACCCACUACCGGACUGCCGCCCGCUGGUACGAGUAGUGGUGGAGCGGCGGCGAGUACAACGGCGAGCGCGGCUUCUGGGGCCACUGGGAGUCUCAGUGCGCUGUUGCUGGCUGUGGCUGUUGUCUGUCUGUCUUUGUAG